AGAGGAUUUGAAGAGCGAGCAGCUCACAGGCUAGAUAAGACCAUGGUUCGCCUAACAAAAAGGAGGCUGUCAGACUCCCAAGUGGUCCAGCGACUCUGGAAUGCUAUUGAAGUCAUCCGUAAUCAGAAGCAAAUUGCAAACUUGGACAGGAUAACAAAGUUCAUGUCUCGCCUUCACAGUAUGCAUCCAAAGGACACCAAUCGGCAACUGGGCCUUGCGGUAAAAGAUGGCCUGAUUGUUGAAACACUGACUGUGGGCUGCAAAGGUUCAAAGGCAGGCAUCGAACAGGAAGGAUAUUGGCUGCCAGGGGAUGAGAUUGAUUGGAAUGUAGAAAGUCAUGAUUGGUAUUGCAUGGAGUGUCACAUCGCAGGAGAGAUCCUAACUUGUGAUUCUUGCUUUCGUGUUUACCACCCGAAAUGUCUCCCUGAUGAAUUCAGGCCGCAAGACAGCAGUUCACAUUGGCAGUGCCAAGUGUGUAAGAGCAUGAAAAAGAAGAACACAACCAAGCAAGCUAUGGGCCGAUAUUUGGGUUACAUUGUUUCUCGCAUGAAGGAGAGGGCCUCAGAACUCGGUAAAAAAGGAAAGGAGAGCAAGCAUCCAAUGUACAGGAGAUUGGUGCACACGCCUAUAGACGUUGCCAGCAUACAAGAGAAACUGAAUGAAAACAAAUACAGAAGUUUUGAUGAGUUUAAAUCUGAUGCCCAGUUGCUUCUUCACAACACUAUACUAUUCUAUGGAGCUGAUAGUGACCAGGCAGAAGUAGCCAGGGCUCUUUUUAAAGACACUUGCCAUGAGUUGGCAGAACUUCAGCUGUGCAAGAACUGUUUCUACUUGUCCAAUUCACGACCUGAGAACUGGUUCUGCUAUCCUUGUGUUCCCAAUCAUGAGUUGGUGUGGGCCCGAAUGAAAGGAUUUGGGUUUUGGCCUGCCAAAGUCAUGCAACGCCAAGACAAUCAGGUGGAUGUGCGCUUCUUUGGACAUCAUCAUCAGAGACUCUGGUUUGAAGCUCUCCGUUAA